CCCUCUGUUUGUUUAUGUGCGCGCAAAUUGGAAGAAAAACCCUAAUUCCCCAAAUUUCUGGUUUCCCUCAUUUCUGAAUUAGGUUUCCGAUUCUUCCUUCUUUCUGAAGGUUUGUGAAAGCCCUAGAUUCGGUCUGCUCUCCAUCAACCCAAUGGCGUCUUCGGCUCGGGGAGAGAACAGCAAUCCUUAUGACGGCGGAUUGGGAGCCGGUGGGAAGUUCCGGAAGCGGCCGUUUCGGAGGUCUCAGACGACACCGUAUGAUCGGCCACCGACUUCGGUGAGGAUCCCUGGCCUUGGCGGUGGAGAAGGCAGUGAAAAUGGCAACGGCGGCGGAUGGAUAUCGAAAUUGAUGGAUCCAGCGCAGAGGCUUAUUACUUAUAGCGCCCAUAGGCUCUUCGCUUCGGUUUUCCGAAAACGCCUUCCACGAGCAGAGGCUCCUUUGCAACCGGAGCAGCAGGUGCCGGAAAAUGAAGUGAACCAGGAGACAGAGAGAGGUGAAUCAAAGGGCGUCCAUUCUUUGUCCAUGAAGAAUAACAUGAUCCAAGUGGAAGAUACCAGUGCAUCUGUUGAUCAAAGCAUUAUGACGAUCAAGGAUGGUUUUACAGAUCUUGAGCAAAUUUUGAAGCAGAAAACUUUUACAAGAUCUGAAAUUGAUCGAUUAACUACAUUGCUGCGUUCAAAAGCUGUCGAAUCAUCCACUGGAAAGCAGGAACAGAGAGCUCAGGAGGUUAAUGUUAAAUCAUUGGUAUCACAUGACAGGGACCAGGGACAUACACAUACUAUCUCUAUGGAUAAUGGGAAUCAGAACAAUUUUGUUUCAACACCUCUUGUCAGUUCAAGGGUUGUUGAUGAGUGCAUUGCUUCACCUGCGGAACUUGCGAAAGCCUACAUGGGUAGCAGACCUUCAGAAGUAUCUCCUUCAAUGUUGGGAUUACGUGGUCAAGUAGACAGAGAAGAUUCUGUUUUCCUGACUAAAAACCCGUUUCCCUCAAAGUCGCCUACGAUGUCAAUUGUGCCAAGGUCUUCUGGGAAAAAUUUACUUCCUGAUAAUGGUUUUGUUACCCCAAGAUCUCGAGGUAGAUCUGCAGUUUAUUGUAUGGCUAGGACACCAUAUUCUAGGCCUCAGUCCACUACAAAGGUUGGCUUACUUUUGCCUGCAUCUCAGAAUACAUGGGAAGAAAGUGUACCAUCUGGAUCUAGACAAGGGAUUCAAACGAGUCUCAAACGGAGGAGCUCAGUCUUAGACAAUGAUAUGGGAUCUGUGGGCCCUGUUAGGAGGAUCCGGCAGAAAUCUAACCUCCUGUCAAGGAGCUUGGCUUUACCUGCUUCAGGCUCUCAACAUGUUUCUCCAUCAUACCAACGAGGUGGACCUAAUUUUAUACAUACGUCUAGAGAAAGUGCUGUGGAUAUUCCAGGUUCAAGUUCCAAUCCUGUUCCGUCCAAGUCCAGUGAGAUGGCUUCAAAAAUAUUGCAGCAACUUGAUAAGUUGGUCUCUACAAGGGAGAAAACACCAACCAAGUUAUCACCAUCCAUGCUACGUGGGCCGGCUCUUAAAAGCCUCCAGCAUGUGGAGGCUCCGAAGUUCUUGGAGAACCAAGAAGAGAAGUUGGGAGACUUGCCCAGUUCUAGUUACCAAAAGGAGGACAGACAUAAAGAGAGUGGCUCACAAGAGGGUUUGGCUCUGUCUGAGAAGCCUGUCACUGCUGUCAAUACCAUAACUAAAACAGCUUCAAAAAAAGAUCAGGAUGCUGGUGUUAAAGGCACUUAUUUGCCAGCCACAAAUUCUGUGGAAGAGCACCCUCCAAAGAAGAGAGCAUUUCGGAUGAGUGCUCAUGAGGAUCUCGUGGAGUUGGAUGAUGAUCAUGAUGCUGCAUCUAUUCCUCCAGUUGAAGUAAUAGAAAAAACAGAUGCCUCAAAAUUGGAGAAUGACACUGGUAUCAGCAAGGCCAAAGGGGAGAAACCAUUUGCUUCUUCUGAUGUCAAGCCCUCGGCAGCAUAUGUUUCCAACGGUAAUUCUUCAUACAGUACCUCUAAUGGUACCGUGGAAACUGGAAAGAGCACUGAGAUUAGGUUCGCUGCAUUUGGCGGUGAAGCUGUUCAGCAAGGUAACGUGGGCUCUGAUUCAGUUUCGAAGUUUACUAAAGUUGCUGCAACACAGCUAUCAAAUAGUUCUACUGCUAUAUUUAGCACAGUGGAUAAAAUUGACUCUCUGAAAGAAUCUAGCAAAGUUCCUCCAAGUAUGCCCAAUGUCUUCUUUUCACCAGUUGCGACCAACCAAUUGGAUCAAAAGUCUGGUGCAGCUUCAAACAUCAAGUCUGAAAAGCCGAGCAGCUUUACUUUUGGAGCAUCUGAGCCUUUGGCAAAGCUACCUGAGUCCGACAAAGUUGUCAGUAACAGUGCCUCGGGAGCUAGUUCAACUUUCUCAGGUGCAUCAACAAAUAGUGGUAGCAUAUUUUCAUUUGGAGUUCCAACUCCGAAUAAUGGCGGUCCUGCUUCAAGUCCUCUUUUCACCCCUAAGAUUUCGGAUCUAUCUUCUACAAGUUCCAUCAGUCAGUUGGCUAGUGCUGUACAAUCUUUUGCUUCCACCCCUUCUACAACCAGCUUAUUUGGAAACUUGCCCGCUACUACCAGCAAAGACAGCAACUCUGGAAGCAUAUCAGUAUCAACUUCAGUUCCCAGCUUUUCUACUGCACCACCUUUCAAGUUUGGGGAAUCUGCAGCUUCAGUGGUAACAUCGACAGUUUCUUUAUCCACCGAUAAGGUUCCCAAGGAAACCAGUGUCAAAGAAUCGGCAUUUGGAAAUUUAACCAGCGUUCAGUCUGGUGGUACAGCUUCAACAGUUUCGAGCACUGGAAGUGCUUUCGCUGAUCAAUCCUCAGCUAUCAAAAGUGCACCAAGUUUCAGUUUUGCCAGCUCUUCUCCUGUCGUCGCCGAUGCUGGUAGUAAUAUCUUUGGUGGGUCGUCUGCCGCUGUCGGUGGAAACACUUCAAAUACUUCUAUCGCCGCAUCUCCUGCUACCGUCAGUGGAGGAACUACUAGCAUAUUUGGUGUGACUCCUUCCCCAACCUCAGCGACAGGAACCGGCAUCUUUUCGGGCAGUUCUGCAUCAACCACUACCAGUAGCAUUUUCGGUAUCUCUCCUGCAUUAACGAGCUCUGGUCGUAUCGUAUUUGGUUUCACCGCCGGUUCAGGAGCUUCUGCUGUUGGCUCUCAAUCUCAGACCUCGAGUCUUUUUGGUGCGGGGAAUUCUCAAACAGGAACCACUAGUUCAACUCCAACCGCCCCAUUUCAGUUUGGUUCAUCUGCAUCAGCUCCUGCGUCUGGGAACACCUCUACCGCAUCUAGCAGUUAUCCGUUCGGAUCUUCAACCUCGGGACCUCUGUUAUUUGGCACAAGCUCAACCUCACUGCUUGGUUCGUCGCCUUCACUGGCAAACUCUGCCAGCUCCAGUAGUACUAGUACUACAACCUCUACCUUAUUUGGUUCAAACUGGCAGCCCUCCAAUUCCUCCACUUCCGUGUUUGGUUCCUCGUUCAACUCCUCUUCAGCGCCCACCUUGUCGUUUGGAGGAUCCUCUGGUUCAGCCAUCGGUUCAACCACCACAACUCCUAUCUUCGGAUCAUCCGCCAAUUCCAGUGCACCAUCAUCUUCAUCUAUUGUUAGUUUCAACUCAGCCCCUGCAGCCACUCCAUCACAGCCAGUUUUCGGCGGCUCAGCCACCGGGUUCACAUUUGGUGCCGCCACCCCACCAACUACAAACGGCAGCAACAAUGACCAGAUGAGCAUGGAAGACAGUAUGGCCGAGGACACAGACCAAACGAAAGCAUCGGCGGUUCCUCCGAUGUUUGGCCAACCAGUCGUUGUCCCACCAUCCCAACCAACCUUUGCGUUCGGGGCGGGAGCUGCGGCCACAGCCAUUCCGAAUGGGGGAAGUCCGUUCCAGUUCGGAAGCCAACAGAGCGUAGGGGGGCAGCAGAACCCGUCACCUUUCCAGACGACCUCGAGCAAUAUCGAGUUCAGCGGAGGUGGAGGGAGUUUCUCGUUGGGAAGCACAGGCGGAGGCGACAAAUCCGGCAGGAAAUUCAUCAGAGUGAACAAGAACAGGCGACAGAAGAAAUAGGUACAACAGAAAAAAACCCUGAGAACCCAGAUUGUGUAUUAGCUGGAGAGAGAGAGAGAGAGAGAGAGAGGCCGUGUCGUUUGUGUGUGUGUGUUUUCUGCUUGUGGUAUCUUGAUGGGAGCAGAUUAUUAUGUUGGGAAUAUGCAUCUUUUCAUGGAUAAGUUUGUAGGGAAGUUUUGUAAUUUCUCCAAAAGCAUUGUGGAAAACAACACCAUACACAACUGUUACUGCACUUCGUUGCUCUUUUAUUGUAACAUUGAGGAACCAGACCAGUCUC